GAAAACAAAACCAAAAAAAAAAAAAAAAAGGAAAUCCUCACCGUAUUAGAAGAGGGAAACCCGUAGCUUUUCCUUCCUCUAUACAUUGGAUCACAAACCUAACCCUAACCCUAAGAACCUAUCUUUUGUUUGUUCUUCUUCUUUUCUUUUUUUUUUUAAACAAUUUAUUUAUCAAACCUUCUUUUUUUCGAGUUUAUUUUUCUGAGAUACCAAUGGCAGCGGCGAUUUCGGCUCCGUUGGCUCCCGUGGUGGCUUCUCAGCCUGCGUCGGCGGAGGCGAUGCACGCGAACCUGUCGCUGUACGUGGGGGAUCUGGACCCCAGCGUAGACGAAGGGAAGCUCUUCGACGUGUUCGGGCAGGUGGGUCAGGUGGUGUCCAUUAGGGUUUGCAGGGAUCAGAAUCGGCGGUCCUCUCUCGGCUACGCUUAUGUCAAUUACGGCAACGCUCAGGACGCUGCUCAUGCUAUGGGGGUUUUGAAUUUUACUCCUAUCAAUGGGAAGCCAAUCAGGAUUAUGUUUUCUCAUAGGGAUCCUAGCAUCCGAAAAAGCGGAUAUGCCAACAUUUUUAUUAAGAACCUGGACACAUCAAUAGAUAACAAGGCAUUGCAGGACACUUUUGCUGCUUUUGGGGCUGUACUUUCUUGCAAGGUGGCAGUCGAUAACAAUGGUCAGUCGAAAGGUUAUGGAUUUGUACAGUUUGAUAAUGAGGAAUCUGCACAAAAUGCUAUCAGACAAUUGAAUGGCAUGCUAAUAAAUGAUAAAAAGGUCUAUGUUGGACUUUUUAUUCGACGUCAGGAAAGGACUCAAGCAAAUGGAUCACCUAAGUUCACUAAUGUUUAUGUGAAAAAUUUGCCUGAAACAACUACUGAUGAGGACCUUGAGAAAAUUUUUGGCCCCUAUGGUGUAAUCACUAGUGCAGUUGUUAUGAGAGAUGCAAAUGGGAAGUCUAGAUGUUUUGGUUUUGUAAACUUCCAGAGCCCAGAUGCUGCUGCUGCUGCAGUUGAGAAGUUGAAUGGGGCCACUGUUAGUGAUGAGAAGAUUUUAUAUGUGGGGAGGGCUCAAAGUAAAGCAGAAAGGGAGGCACAGCUGCGGGCCAAAUUUGAACAGGAGAGAAUUAGUAGAUAUGAAAAAUUACAAGGUGCUAAUUUAUAUCUGAAAAAUCUUGAUGAUGACGUAAAUGACGAUAAGCUGAAGGAGUUAUUCUCUAAUUUUGGAACAAUUACGUCAUGCAAGGUCAUGCUUGAUCCACAAGGUCACAGCAAGGGAUCUGGUUUUGUGGCCUUUUCUACACCAGAGGAAGCUACUAAAGCUUUGGAUGAAAUGAAUGGAAAGAUGAUUGGACGGAAACCUCUUUAUGUUGCUGUGGCCCAGCAUAAAGAAGAGAGGAAGGCUCGGCUUCAGGCACAUUUUGCUCAAAUCCGAGCACCUGGUGGCAUGGCACCUUUAUCUCCAGGAAUUCCUGGAUUUCAUCCUGGGGCACCUAGAUUUGCCUCGCAACAUAUGUAUUUUGGUCAAAGUAACCCUGGUAUGCUCCCCCCUCAGCCUUAUGGCUUCCAGCAGCAACUCUUGCCUGGAAUGCGCCCAGGUGUUGCCCCAAACUAUGUUGUAUCAUACCACCUUCAGCGGCAAGGACAGCCAGGUCAGCGGAUGGGUGUGCGACGAGGUGGAAACCUUCAGCAAGUGCCACAGCAGCAGUUACUUCAGCGUAACUCUAACCAAGGCUUCAGAUAUAUGGGAAAUUCUCGAAGUGGCAUGGAUGCAUCUGUUCCUCAAGGUGCUGUGGGUCCAGUGAUGCCAUUGUCUUUUGAUGGUUCUGGAAUGCCAGCGACUCCUAUUGAUGUCCAGCGACCUGGGCAAAUGCAUAUGUCAGCACUUUUAUCAUCUUUGGCUUCAGCUAGCCCAGAGAAUCAGCGAGCUACGCUGGGUGAACACCUGUAUCCCCAUGUGGAGAAGCUUGAGCCCAACAAUGCCGCAAAAGUGACUGGGAUGUUGCUGGAGAUGGACCAAUCAGAGGUAAUUCAUCUCUUAGAGUCUCCAGAUGCCCUGAAGCGGAAGGUGGCUGAGGCAAUGGAAGUCCUUGUUAAAGCUGCAUCAGAGUCUGGUGUUAGUGAUCAGCUUGGGUCAUUGGCACUGAAUGCUUAAACACAACGGUUUUUUUAAGGGUAAAUACAUUAUAUGUGUUUGUGAGCCCAUGUUUUACAGGGCUUGACGAGCUGUCAUUGUUUCCGGGUUUUUCUCCAAAAUUAUUGGUUUAUUUAGCGGGGUUAUAUGUGGCAUCUUCAUUGCUGGAAUUUUUUAGGCUGCAGAGUUGGCAUGGAUGGGAUUUGAAGACCUGAGAUUCUUAGGAUUUUUUGACAGUACUUUUCCGUUUCCUUUCUUAUCAUUACUAUCUUUAUUAUUUAUGACAUAUCUGACAAAUUAAGUUGGGAUUUUGGUAGAACUUUUUUGAUCUCUCUUCCUCUUUUGUUGGUUGACUGUUGUGGGGUCGCCACCCCAAACCUUGAUAUGUGAUUCCAGUGAGAUCUACUUGAGAGGCUGAUGCAUGAAUUAAUUGACCCAAGACAGCCCUUUGCAUAUGGCACUAUUUGCUGUAUUAUU